AUGCGCGAUCUUCACUUCAUGCUCAACGACUGGGCACUACCGAAAAUGUCAGACCUCGGUACAAAAUGCGCCGGACACGAAGGUAGCGGUGUUAUUGUCAAGGUUGGGGAUCAGGUCAAGAGCCUGAAGCCGGGAAUGCGAGCUGGAUACAAGGCAGUCUUGACCGGAUUAAUGAUUGAUGGUUCAUACAAGCAGUACAUCGUCUCACCCGAACGCUACACAACCCUCGUCCCGGAUGGUGUGAACGACUACAUAGCAGGGCCGAUCAUGUGUUCUGCUUCAACAAUCUACACAUCAAUCAAGGAGUCACAACUCCGACCCGGAGACUGGGCCGUCUUCCCCGGCGCAGGGGGCGGUGUUGGCCUACAAGGCGUGCAACUGGCGAAAGCCAUGGGUCUACGCGCCAUAGCCAUUGACACUGGCGACGAUAAGCAAAAGCUCUGCAUGGAAACUGGAGGCGCGGAGCACUUUAUCGACUUUAAGAAAGUAGACAACGUAGGCGAGGAGGUGGUACGGUUGUGUGAUGGUAUCGGCGCCCACGGUGUCUUCGUCACUGCUGUUCAGACUUACCCAAACUCGAUAUCAUACCUCGGUGGCCGCGUUGGUGGAAAGGUGAUGUGCAUCGGACUGCCGCCGGCUGGGACUCAGCACAUUGAUGUCGACCCGAACCAAAUGUGCUUCAGGAAACAGAGUGUACAGGGUACACUUGUGAGCAGCAUGGCGGACGUGGACAAGACGCUUGACUUUGCUAAGCGGGGAUUGCUGAAGCCGAUUUACACGGUGUAUCCGUUGAGCAAGUUCAACGAGGCUGUGCAGAAGCUGAAGCGUGGGGAGAUUGCUGGACGAGCAGUUGUCGAUUUUAACAUGGAGUAG